UUUCACCACACAGUUUGAUGCUAAACCCAAAGAGAUGUGGACGUUUGAUUUGUCGUUGUCAUUUCUGCUGCAAAUUGGGUUGUUGAUUACAUUGGCACUAGGCUCUUUGAAAGCUUAUCUACUUUUGAAGAUGGAAGAUUGCAAGAGCACCAACAAACUGACGGGCAAAACGGCCAUCAUCACCGGAGCCAACACGGGAAUCGGAAAAGAGACGGCCAUCGACUUGGCAAAGCGAGGAGCUCGAGUCAUUCUCGCUUGCAGAAACCUCGACAAAGCCUCCGCUGCCAAAGAUGACAUUAUCCGAGAAUCAGGGAACGCGAACGUUGUCGUCCGUCAUCUUGAUUUGGCUUCGCUCAAAUCCGUCCGCAAAUUCGCUGAUGAAAUCAUCAAGAAUGAGCCUCGCCUCGACAUUCUCGUUAAUAACGCCGGAUGUGUUGUCUAUCAUGACAAAUUGACGGAAGACGGACUAGCCUACCAUAUGCAGACGAAUCACCUGGGCCACUUUCUCCUGAUGAAUCUCCUACUCGGAUUGCUUAAAAAAUCAGCUCCUUCUCGCAUUGUCUGCACUGCUUCGAUGGCUCACGGAUGGACCAAGUCUUUGGACGUGGAAAAUUUACACUCCGAAUUUUCUUACACCAGCAAAAGCACUUUAAUUCACGAAAUAUAUCUGUACGUGUAUUCCAAGUUGAGCCCAGUUCUCUGCACUCGACAUCUAGCACCCCUCAUCUUCGAUUCAGGUGUUACAAUCAACUGUUUGUGUCCCGGUGUUGUAUACACGGACGUCUUUCGCAACACUUAUUCGUGGUUUCAAAUGAUUGUCACUUUUGCCGCUCCGUAUUUCCUCAAGACUGCCAAACAAGGUGCGCAGACCAAUAUUCACUUGGCUGUAUCGGACGAAGUAGCUGGCAUUACUGGAGAAUACUUCACUAGUUGCAAGGUAACGGACGUUUCAAAGCUAGCAAAGGAUGCGGCAGUAGCAAAGAAAGUGUGGGAGAUGUGUGAAACACUAGUCAAGCUUCAGCCGGAAGAACGUCAUUAUUAAUGAAGAUGAAAUGACACUUUGACUUAGAUAAACAAGAGAAAACUGAUAAAAUCAUCUAUAUAGAAAAAAAAAACUAUCGAAAAUUCGCACAUAUUAAAAAAUAUUACACUUUGAUUGUGUACAAAUAAUCAUAUACUAUUAAAUUGCUAGCUCAAAAUAUUCACUAACAUAACCGGAAAGCCAAGUAACUACUAGUAUUUUGCUCUCAACAAAUGUUAACCAACAGAAUCCCAGAAAUAACAUGAUAUAAUUUUUAAAAACCUUACUUUUAUUUUCCUGUUUCAUAAGCCCGUCAACCGGUUUCCUUAUUUACCGGUUUAUUUUUCCCGAGGCUAGUAGACUUUCUGGAUGAAAUAUAUUCUAUCCGUAACC